AUCGUUCUACCAUUUCCCCUUCAAAGCCUUAAUUGAAAAUUGAACUAAACCCUCAACGCUCCCCUUCUGCUUCAAUGGAGGAAGAGAAAGAAACAAAGCAAAAUGACCAAAACACCCUAGAGAACCAACCCAAUUCACAGCACACCACACUCUCCAAAAACGCAAAGAAGAAACUCCUGAAGCAGCAAAAAUGGGAAGCAAAGAAAGCAGAGAAGAAGGCACAAAUGAAGGAGCAAAAAAAGAAAGAAGGAGAGAGGAAGAGAAAAGAAUGGGAAGAGAAACUAUCAAGCUGUGCAAGUGAAGAAGAAAGGUUGAAGCUUAUAGAGUCAAGGAGAGAGUUAAGGAAAGAGAGAAUGGGGAAGAGGGCAGAAGAGAAAGAAGAGAAGACGCAGAGGAUUAGGAAAGCUAAAGAAUUUGGUCAGAAUAUUGUGAUUGAUCUUGAGUUUGCUGAUCUUAUGACUAACAUUGAGAUUCAUAGUCUUGUUCAACAGAUCAUUUACUGUUAUGCUGUGAAUGGAAGAUGUGCAUCCCCUGGUCACCUCUGGUUGACUGGGUGCAGGGGGGAAAUGGAGAACCAAUUGCAAAGGCUCCCAGGAUUUGAUAAAUGGAGUAUUGAGAAGGAAAGUCAAUCAUAUAUUGAAGCAUUGCAAGAUCAAAAGGAAAAUUUGGUGUAUCUUACAGCAGAUUCUGAAACAGUGCUAGACGAACUUGAUCUGAAGAAAAUAUAUAUUGUUGGUGGGUUAGUGGAUCGGAAUCGGUGGAAAGGCUUAACCAUGAAGAAAGCAAACGAGCAAGGAAUCCAAACAGCAAAACUUCCUAUAAGCAGUUACUUGAAGAUGUCAAGUUCUCAGGUACUCACUGUGAACCAGGUGGUAGAGAUCCUGCUCAAGUUUGUGGAAACAAAAGAUUGGAAAACUUCUUUCUUUCAAGUAAUUCCUCAAAGGAAAAGAGGUGAAAUUGAUCCAGAAGAACUCGAAAGAGUAGAUAGAGAAGAGUUGGAGGACGAAAAUGAGCCAUCCGAGAAGAAAAGGCAAUGCGAUGAAGUUUCUUCUACACAGCAGAACUAACUUGAAUGGUUGCGUUUUAAUCUUUAUAGACAUUAACAUUGUCAAAAGACAGCUCCCCACCCCCCAAAAAAAAAGUUGCAGAAGACUGGUCAUGCUUUUGUAAAACUCAAAAUACCAAUUGAUCUCUUCAAUGAGAAAUUUGCUUGCUUUUCCAUUAA